AUGAGUACGGCCAUCACAAUGGCACAACCUUCGUCCUCAAAUGAUCGUUGCUUCAUUUCCACUUCUCUACCAAAAUUUCCAACCCAGGAAAUUGGUGAUCAGAUGCUGAAUAAGAGCGAUGAAGAAGUGGAAGCGGUGUCUAGAAGAAGGACUUUAGAAACGGCAGUGAGCUUGUAUGAUGAUGUGCACAUUUAUGCGAAUGUUCGCGAGAUGGAAGAGGAAAGCAGAAGAAUGGAGGAACCGCCAAUACCAGAUGUCACUGAACAACCGAUCCGUGACCUCGGUGAUGGAUGGCUUGAAUACCUAACUGAUACUGGAAGGUCAUAUUUCUAUAAUGUGGAAUCUGGUGACAGCCAUUGGAAGCCACCCCGUUGUGUGAAACCACCUCUUGUGCAAGCAUCCUCGCAAGUUUUUACAGCAUCCAGUGAUGCUUGUGCGGCCACAGUUGGUCAGUAUGAUAAUGUAACAGUACCAAUUAUUGAAGUGAUUAACAGACAAGAGGAUGACUUGGAUGCAUCGUGCUCUGCACCUGUCUCACCUAUUGUUCCGGCCAAAUCAUUGAGUGAUAUGAUAGAGAGUAUUGAUUCGGGUAUUGGGCGUACGUCAAUCAGUGUGCGCAAUAAGGUGGCCGAUGGCAUUGCCGAAAAUCGAUUAUCCUUUCAACAGGUCGCGAAGGAAAUCGCAAAACGAACCAAUGCACACAGAUCAAUUGAGGAGUUGUACGCUGCCGAAUGUGCGCAUUUUGGUUCCGGGUCGAACAGAUCCGAAGAUGGUAGAGCUGUGGAUAGAGUAGCUCUAAUGUCACACUUAUCGUCCUCGGUUGGAUUGUCACAGAACCCAAUAAAACGUGGAACGUUGAACAAGUGCCAAGUGGCUGACGCAGGUAAUCGACUGAAGAAGAGGGAGUGGUCGUCUUGUUAUUUAUUCCUGUCAUCUGAACAUAUCAUCUUUUAUAAAGACGAGAAAAGUGCUGAGAAAUGCGGUCGUCACUAUGAAGCGCCAUCGGGUAUGUGUGAAUUGAGAGGUGCACAAAUACAGUGGUUGGACAGUGAAAAAGAUAAAAGGAAGAAACACGAUCACAUUAUCCAAUUAAAAUCGAUCGACGGCACAGUUUAUCUGUUCAGUGCGUCGGAUCAAGAUAUUAACGGAUGGUUUCAUGCGAUACGUUCAGUUAUUUACAAAUUGGUAACGAUUAUAUUUCCUUUAGAAUUGCAAGAUAAUGCAAUGUUCUCAUUGAAGCCUCGACCGGAUCCUUAUCCAACGCCAGUACUGGAAAGAAUGAAUACAGCCAGUGGGGUCAGCCGAAGUCCAAGUAAUUUAUCUUACUCGCAUUCAUUGCCUUUUGGUAGUGCACCCGCAAGAAGUUCAUCCAAAAAGGGGAAAUCGCCAAACAAAGAUAUGCUGAGUUGCUCACCAGCCAUGGACGAUGGCCGCAUGAUGGCCGCUGCUGCUGCUGCUGCCGCUGCUGCAUCAAGUGCAACAGCUGGUGCAACCGAGUCUGUACCAACUCGAGCGUCAAUAAUCGAGAAGUUGAAGCGAUUCUUCCGCUCAAGACCAACAAUUGACAGUUUAAAAGAGAAAGGCAUUUACAGACCCGAACCGGUGUUUGGCAGCACUUUACAGACGAUUUGCCACCAUGAGCAGCGUACCGUACCGCGAUUCAUUCAGCUGGUCACCGAGGUGAUUGAGUCGAGAGGUUUAGACACUGAUGGACUAUAUCGGGUCAGUGGCAACUUGUCGGCCAUUCAGAAAAUACGAUGUCAUGUUGAUCAGGAUAAAUAUAAUGUUUUGUUUCGCGAAGAAGAUGUGCAUGUAUUGACGGGUGCAUUAAAAUUAUUCUUCCGUGAACUCUCUGAACCCAUCUUCCCAACUAAUCUUGCCAAAGAAUUCAUCCACGUCAACAGGUCACCGAACGAUGAGAAUAAAAUAAAAAAGUUUGAUGAACUGCUGAGAAGGUUGCCGCUCGUGAAUCGUGAGACGUUGAAGGUGUUGUUCGGACAUCUACUGAAAGUUGCAAAUCACGCGGAUAAGAAUCGGAUGGAAAUUCACAAUUUAGCCAUAAUGUUUGGACCGUCAUUGUUCAGUAGUGGAAUAGAGCCGAAUAGUGACAACAAGAAAGGCUCGAAUGCAUCCAAGAAGAAACAUCACAAUGAUAAGAAGCAAAAGGAGCGUACCACCGUGCAGAGUAAUUCGCAUCUUGCGUUUGAUAUGAUUAUGCAAGGACAAACCGUCGAGUUUCUUUUGAGGGAAUUCAGAAGAUUUCCCAUUCUUCAUGCACCUCCUAUUAUGUAA